AUGGCACAGCACGGAGCUCAGCUGGACCGCGAAAACUUUUCUUGUUCGAUCUGUUUGGAUCUACUGAAGGAUCCGGUGACUAUUCCCUGUGGACACAGCUACUGCAUGAGCUGUAUUAAAUACUUCUGGGAUGGAGAGGAUAAGAAGGAAAUCUACAGCUGCCCUCAGUGCAGACAGACCUUCACACUGAGGCCUGUCCUGAUGAAAAGCACCAUGUUAGCAAUUUUAGUUGAGCAGCUGAAGAAGACUGGACUCCAAGCUUCUGCUGCUGAUCUCUGCUAUGCUGGACCUGAAGAUGUGGCCUGUGAUGUCUGCACUGGGAGGAAGCUGAAAGCCUUCAAGUCCUGUCUGGUAUGUCUCGUCUCAUAUUGUGAGAAACACCUCCAACCUCAUUAUGAAUCAGCUAAAUUUAAAAAACACAAGUUGGUCGACCCCUCAGAGAAACUCCAGGAGAACAUUUGCUCUCGUCAUGACGAGGUGAUGAAGAUGUUCUGCCGUACUGAUCAGCAGAGUAUCUGUUAUCUCUGCCCUGUGGAUGAACAUAAAGGCCACGACACAGUCUCAGCUGCAGCAGAAAGGACUGAGAGGCAGAGAGAGCUUGAGGUGAGUCGACUAAACAUCCAGCAGAGAAUCCAGCACAGAGAGAAAGAUGUGAAGCUGCUUCAACAGGAGGUGGAGGCCGUCAGUCUCUCUGCUGAUAAAGCAGUGGAGGACAGUGAGAAGAUCUUCACUGAGCUGAUCUGUCUCCUCCAGAAAAGAAGCUCUGAUGUGAAGCAGCAGAUCCAAUCCCAGCAGGAAACUGAAGUGAGUCGAGUCAAAGAGCUUCAGGAGAAGCUGCAGCAGGAGAUCACUGAGCUGAAGAGGAAAGACGCUGAACUGAAGCAGCUCUCACUCACAGAGGAUCACAACCAGUUUCUACACAACUACCCCUCAGUGUCACAACUCAGUGAACCUACAGACUCAUCCAGCAUCAAUAUCCGUCCUAUGAGAUUCUUUGAGGAUGUGACAGCAGCUGUGUCAGAGCUCAGAGAUAAACUACAGGACAUCCUGAAGGAGGAAUGGACAAACAUCUCACUGACAGUGACUGAAGUGGACGUUUUACUGUCAGUUUCUAAAUCAGAGCCCAAGACCAGAGCUGGAUUCUUAAAAUAUUCAUGUGAAAUCACACUCGAUCCAAAUACAGCACACAAAAGCGUGUUAUUACAUGAGGGGAACAGAAAAGCAGAAGUAAUGGCACAACAGAUGUCUUAUUCUUAUCACCCAGAAAGAUUCACUAAUUAUAAUCAGGUCCUGAGUAGAGAGAGUCAGACUGGACGUUAUUACUGGGAGGUGGAGUGGAGAGGAAGCAGAAUUUGUGUAGCAGUCGCAUACAAGAAUCUCAGCAGAGCAGGAGGUACAAAUGAAUGUGGAUUUGGAAAAAAUGAAAAAUCUUGGGCUUUAAGAUGUGACACUAAAAGUUAUGAAUUCUGGUUCAACAAUAUUAAAACUCUCGUCUUAGGUCCUCAGUCCUCCAGAGUAGGAGUGUACCUGGAUCACAGAGCAGGUAUUCUGUCCUUCUACAGCGUCUCUGAAACCAUGACUCUCCUCCACAGAGUCCAGACCACAUUCACUCAGCCUCUCUAUGCUGGAGUUUGGCUUUAUUCUGCUGGAGACACAGCUGAGUUUUGUGUGAGCAAUGACAGGAAGCAGCCAUCAUUGUCACUAAGAGCUGAAAUGGCGCAGCAAGGAGCUCAGCUUGACCGAGAAAACUUUUGUUGUUCGAUCUGUUUGGAUCUACUGAGGGAUCCAGUAACUAUUCCCUGUGGACACAGCUACUGCAUGAGCUGCAUUAACAACUUCUGGGAUGGAGAGGAUGACAAGAAAAUCUACAGCUGUCCUCAGUGCAGACAGACCUUCACACCGAGGCCUGUCCUAAUGAAAAACACCAUGUUUGCAGCUUUAGUGGAGGAGCUGAAGAAGACUGGACUCCAAGCUGCUGCUGCUGAUCUCUGCUAUGCUGGACCUGAAGAUGUGGCCUGUGAUUUCUGCACUGGGAGGAAGCUGAAAGCCCUCAAAUCUUGUUUGCAGUGUCUCGUCUCAUAUUGUGAGAAUCACCUCCAGCCUCAUUAUGAAUCAACAAAAUUUAAGAAACACAAGUUGGUCGACCCCUCGGAGAAGCUCCAGGAGAACAUCUGCUCUCGUCAUGAUGAGGUGAUGAAGAUGUUCUGCCGUACUGAUCAGCAGAUAAUCUGUUAUCUCUGCCCUGUGGAUGAACAUAAAGGCCACGACACAGUCUCAGCUGCAGCAGAAAUAACUGAGAGGCAGAGAGAGCUCGAUGUGAGUCGACUAAACAUCCAGCAGAGAAUCCAGGACAGAGAGAAAGAUGUGAAGCUGCUUCAACAGGAGUUGGAGGCCGUCAGUCUCUCUGCUGAUAAAGCAGUGGAGGACAGUGAGAAGAUCUUCACUGAGCUGAUCCGUCUCAUCCAGAAAAGAAGCUCUGAUGUGAAGCAGCAGAUCAGAUCCCAGCAGGAAACUGAAGUGAGUCGAGUCAAAGAGCUUCAGGAGAAGCUGCAGCAGGAGAUCACUGAGCUGAAGAGGAAAGACGCUGAACUGAAGCAGCUCUCAAACACAGAGGAUCACAACCAGUUUCUACACAACUACCCCUUAGUGUCACAACUCAGUGAACCUACAGAGUCAUCCAGCAUCAAUAUCCGUCCUCUGAGAUACUUUGAGGAUGUGACAGCAGCUGUGUCAGAGCUCAGAGAUAAACUACAGGACAUCCUGAGGGAGGAAUGGACAAACAUCUCACUGACAGUGAAUGAAGUGGACGUUUUACUGUCAGAUUCAAAAAGAGAGCCCAAGACCAGAGCUGAGUUGUUAAAAUAUUCACAUGAAAUCACUCUGGAUCCAAACACAGUGCACACAGAGCUAUUAGUAUCUGAGGGGAACAGAAAAGUAGAACGAAUGAGAAAACAACAGUCUUAUUCUAGUCAUCCAGACAGAUUCAAUGAAUGGUGGCAGGUCCUGAGUAGAGAGAGCGUGACUGGACGUUGUUACUGGGAGCUGGAGUGGCGAGGAGGAGGAGUUGGUGUAGCAGUCGCAUACAAGAAUAUCAGCAGAGCAGGAGGCAUAAAUGAAUGUGUAUUUGGAUUCAAUGAGAAAUCUUGGAUGUUAUAUUGUGACAAUAACAGUUAUAAGUUUUGGUUCAAAAGAGUCUCAACUCCCGUCUCAGGUCCUCAUUCCUCCAGAGUAGGAGUGUACCUGGAUCACAGAGCAGGUAUUCUGUCCUUCUACAGCGUCUCUGAAACCAUGACUCUCCUCCACAGAGUCCAGACCACAUUCACUCAGCCUCUCUAUGCUGGAGUUAAGCUUAAUUGUGUUGGAGACACAGCUGAGUUGUGUAAACUCAAAUAGACAGAAGUCAUUUCAGACUUCAUGUGUCUGAUUCUGUGUUGUAAUUCUUCAUUUUGGUUGUCUCAAUGUUUCUAAACUGCACAGAGAUCAGCUGUCAAACUGUUGUCAACUCCCCUUUUCAUUUGUUUUGUUGAGGUUUUGAGUUUCUUUAAAUGUCACUUUUUCCUAUGUGUUCUAAUCCAUGGAAGCUCUCACUGCACAUGUUAAUGCUUUUAACCUUCAUUGACAUUUCUUCAGAUGAAAAUGUGAAAUUCUCUUUUUUGUAAAUGUUAGUUUCAUGUUUGUACAGAUAUCUUGUUUGUUGUUGUUUCUUAAACAGAGAAAACAGCUGAACGUCCUUCACCAUUGAAUUUUAGUUCUUAUCAGUUUGUGAAUUUGUAAAUAAAUGUGUUAUAAAACUAAGUAUUCAGAUAACAAUCGAUGUGGAAAUCUUUAAUUAUUUUCUUGUACAUAGCUGAUAUUCUGUGUUAAAUUAAUCAGUUGUGUGGUUGAAGUGAAUCUGAACAUGAAAUCAUUAAAUUAGAGUCAUUUAACAGACUUUACUGUUUGGAUGUGUGAACAAAGUGAAUGUUUACAUCAUGAAUAAAGCAGUUAAUCUCAAGAAUGAACAAAUUAUUUCCCUCUGUAUUCAUUUCAAGAUUUCAUUCAAAGUUUGUGGAGAAAAUAUGAAACUCAUAUGAAAAUGUAUUUGAUCCAGUCUUCCUCCUGACAAACCACAAAGUACAUAGGUCAUGUUUGUCAGUCUGUCUCUGAACUUUCAGGUUAAUCAUUAAAACAGCUUCGUCACAGAGAAAUGAGAAAAGUUUUCUAUCAAAUGAUGCAGUUAAUGAACAAGAUUUUAUUUGUACGCUCAGUCAAUGAAGAGGAUUUUUUAACUGGGGCCUAA